ACAACCUACUCCACAAGCAGUAAUCAAUUUCAAAACCCCCAAAAAAAUUGCAAAACCCCCGGAAAACAAUCCUCACCUGUUCCUGGACCUGGUGAACUCUACCCCAGUCCUUCACACAUAAAGUCACUCACCGAGAUCCCCCGGACUCCACAAAUUAUAAACAAAAUAAAUAAUAAAUACAUAAAACCCACGCGACUGCAGACGGCGCAGUCGACCGCAGACGUGCGUGCGCACUUUCGAUUUUCAUUCAUAUAUGUAAAAUAAAUAGGAUGAAAAAUCUCGGAAAAGUGCUAAUAAUUCGUUCCUAAUUGCCAAGACAACAUGAAUUGGCGAUUAAAGUGGUGAAAGGUGUGGAUGAUCAGGUGGGUGAAGAGACUUGGAGUUAUCGGGGUGAUAAUUAUCAUUGAGAGUGGAUAAUCAUCAAGAAUGAGUGACCAAGAAGGAAACAAUAACCUCUCAAGAGAGACACUUAUUAGCACAGCUGUGAAGUUUCUGCAAAAUCCAAAGGUAUCGUCUAGUCCCUUGAAACAGAGGCAGGAGUUCUUGCUGAGAAAAGGUCUAUCUGAGGAUGAAAUCAGGAAGGCUUGUGACCUGGCUGGUCUUGCAGAGCCAGUCAACGACUUCACCAGUGUCAUGAUACCCCAGAAUUACGUUUAUCAAGGGUAUGGCUACCAGGUGAUGCAGCCCACCCUCUUCUACAGGGUCAAAGAGUUCUUCAAUACUGCUGCACUCAUUGGUGCAACGUUCUACUGUGUAUACUGGUUUUACAAGAAAUUCAUUGAGCCACUUUUAUUUGGUCGCAAGAAGGACUCGAUAAAGGACACCGUGGAGGACCUAGACAAAACAGUGAAGGAUUCCCUCAAAGAAAUGAAUGAAUCUAUUUCGAAGGUGGAGAGUAGUGUGAAGAGGAUGACGCAGCAUCAAGCCCCGGAUCCAACGAUUCCCCAUCUCGUCCAGGAGUUGAAGCAGGAUUUGGCCAGUCUCAAGGGUCUUCUGCUCUCCAGGAAGCAGUUCCCCAGUGCCCCACCUUCCAUUCCCCCCUGGCAACUCGAAGCCUCGACCCAAAGUCGAGACAAGGCUGCGGAACGAGAGGACGAUGCCGGCAGUGGCAGUAGUACCAAUAAUUCAGACAGUUCGCUUGAGAUGAUUCGAGAGGAUCCUCCUAAGUAGAUUCUAAAACAAUUUUAGGGAGUUCAGGGGAAAAUUAUGGAGCUGUUCGAGUUGAUGGAUCUCUUGUAAUUACGUAAUUAUUUAUGUAAUGAGACAGUUUAGGAGGGAAUGCGGAGGUAAUGUUUUUUAUGGGAAUUUUUUCCAGCUCAAAAAACGAUUUGACAUUUUAUCGAACGAUCAAUUCAGUAGCGAAGUGGUUAAACGGUUUAAGUCGAUUUUGGCUAUUGGCCAGUUUUCAAUGAAUAUCUAA